ACCCUGUCCGGUCAGGUAGUCGGUGUUGAGCAGGACGUGACACCGACCCCCGUGGAUGUGGACGCGGCAGUGUUGCUGCUGGGAGCGGGAGUCACCGCGGUCACACACCCGCUGCUCUACGUGAAGCUGCUAAUACAGGUAACGUUAGCUGGUGUGGGUUAGCUAGCGUUAGCUAACAGCAACCGUAAUAUGGUAACGUUAUCAAAACGCCGCUGCUGCGCUGUUUCCAUGUAACGUUACUCCUUAGCGACCGACGGCAGCCGGCUCGCUGGUCGUUACCGUCCACCCACCGUCCACCCACCGUCCUUUCCCACUCAGAAGAGCCCCACUGCAGUCAGGGUGUUCUUCCGGUAACAGGAGGUGCAGUACGGCAAAGAACCGCUCCUCGUCCGGUGCAGUGAGGUUUAGAAACAUUAAUAUAACGUUAGAUAAUUGUUCAUUUGCAAAUAUGUCAAACAUGUUCUCAGUUAUGACUGUCUCUUUCUAGAGUUGGGUAAGCUGCAGGAACUGAGAAUCACAUUCCAGCUCAAGUUUAAUGAUAUUGUAAGUGAGUGCAUUAUAACAGAUAUAUACUUCUCCCUGUUUAAAUGUCCUCAGAUGUUCUCAGAGGGCUGAGGUCAGGUGACUGCAGGGAAAUCCAUUUCCUUCAACAUCAAACCGUUGUGGAAGAGCUUUGAUGGUGGGUCACGAACCUCUUCCUCCAACUGUGGGCUCAACUAUGUUUGGACGUAGAGUCUUAUACCUGCCUGGCUUCUUCUCCUAUGCACAGCACAUUGUGAAAGUUGAUGGAAAGAGAGGACUCUUCCGUGGCCUCUCACCUCGUAUCAUGUCCAGUGCCAUCUCCACUGUGGUCAGGAGCAAGGUUAAACAGCAGGUGGAGCUUCUAUCCAAGAGAGAUGACAAGCAGACUUCACUCAGGAAAGUGGUCCAAGAGACCUCACAUGAGAUGAUCAUCCAGUGUCUGUCCAGAGUAGCCACUCAUCCUUUUCAUGUUAUGUCAGUGCGGUGUAUGGCCCAGUUUGUUGGCAGAGAGGUCAAGUACAGCGGGAUGUUCAGUUGUAUUAUGAAGAUUUUUAAGGAGGAAGGAGUUGCUGGAUUCUAUGUUGGUCUCGUACCCCAUGUGGUGGGAGAGGUUCUCUUCCUGUGGUGUUGUAACCUCCUGGCUCACUUUAUUAACACCUACGCUGUAGAUGAAAGUUUCAGUCAGGCCUCAGCAGUCAGAAGCUACACUAAGUUUGUGAUGGGCAUUGCAGUUAGUGUUCUAACAUAUCCAUUCAUGCUGGUGGCUGAUCUCAUGGCUGUCAACAACUGUGGGCUGGCUGCAGGUCUUCCUCCCCACUCUCCCAUCUUUAGGUCAUGGGUGCACUGCUGGAACCACCUGAGCCACAAGGGCCACCUCUUCAGAGGAUCCAGCUUCUUUUUCCGCCGGGUGCCUGUGACCUCCCUGCCCUCCACGAGGACUGACUUUGCCAGCUAGGGGGUGUUCUUCCUCCUCCCGCUCACAGACAUCGUCCAAAGACACGGCCUUGGUCAGCCUCUGCUGCCGCCAUCCACACAUUGCAGGAGCAGCAGAGAGGCAGUUCACAGAGCGCUGACGAACUUUUCUUUACAGGAGCUUUACUUCAGAUCAGUAGGGGGAGGAUACAGGUGGUCGGAUUCAUUCAGCAGUUCCAAACAGUUCAGAAACUAUGGUCCAGGGUUUUGUUGACUGUGGUGGUCAAACAUUAUGAUGCUCCAACAUGGGCUCAUGGGCACCGCAGUAAUUAAUGCUGUCACACAAACCAAACCAGAGAAAUGCCCUGAUCUCUAUGCAGAAAACAUUUCCAACUGACAGCCAUAACACAUAUUCCUGAGUUUAACACAAUUCACUACAAAUCACAAGUCAGUCCCUCCAGGAUUUCACAGGCUUUUUUGCAAAUGUUGGAGCCUAAAAUGCUGAUUGAUUGAUUUCACUGCAGAUUUUCUAAAAAAACUGCAAUGCACAUUAGGCAAUUUUUCUGCAAUGAGAAAGUAGUUAAAAUUGCACAAAUAGUUGUCUCUAGUGAGAAUAAAAUCGCAUGGUUUUACAUGGUGAAACUCAACUACAAUGAUUGGUCAAAUUUGCAGAAAAGUAGCGGCAACUGGACUGAACUGUAGUCACGCAGAGUUCACGAGGGUCGGUUUAACUGUGUUAAUUGUUGCAAUUGCAACUUCCUGGAGGGACUGAAGUAAAGUUAAAAGGUCCAGUGUGUAACAUUUAGAAGGAUCUAUUGUCAGAAAUGGAAUAUAAUAUUCAUAUCUAUGUUUUCAUUACACAUCUCUUACAUUCUUGAAACAGGAGGGUGAGGCGAGGGGUUUGUAAUCCGCAACUACACUACUAGACUAUGUCACUGUAAUUAGUGGUAAUUACAGGAAAACAAAACAUUGAAUUUUCUUUAAAGGGGAACUUUGCUGAUUUUCAACCAGCUUUGUAUCAUUGCAGUGUGGGUAGUAUAUGCAAGUGAACAAUGUUUAACUUCCUUCAUGUUGCCUGCACGUAGAGUUCCCUGAUCAUUUGUGAUGAAGAUUAUCUUGCUGAACAAAACAGUAUCGUAAGUAUUGUGGGUCAAACUACAAAACUGACAGUGCCUGACAGCACUCUUGCAUUUCAACAUUUUGAAAAGGAAAGUAGUGUUGUAGUGUUUCUACAGUUACAUGGUGUCCCUUUAAACUCUCCUUUCAAAUAUUGACCUUCAGUAGGAAAAAGAAAGCAACCAGCAGCCUCACCCACUGCUCUGAUACACAAAUAUUACAAUAAUAUUAGCAAAGUAAGUCUAAAUCUUUCAUGUAUUUGUAAUACCUAAUCCUCCUCCAAGCCUGUUAUUACCAGUCACCCGUCACCCACCAGUGACUGUCCUCCAUUUACCAGUAAGUGUUAUUUAUAUGAAGCCACUUCAGCUCUGAAGCUGCAUGAAGUUCGGACUGAACAGGACACAUUGUAUCUGAAGGUUUGUCGUUUCUUUGCCAAAACAGUGUCUGUGUUUCUGUUUAUGGAAACAAUCUGUGUGUCCGGUUUUGCUGACUAACAAAAAAUAUAUAUUUUUUAAUUUAAAGAAUGAUUUAAAAAAUGUGAACACAUGGGGGAAAAAAACGAUGUAUAUAGAAUAUAGAAAUGCAUGGAAAAUCGCCAUGGCUACAAUGUAAAGUCUUACAUAUAGGAAAUAUGUACAUGUAGGAGUUAUGUAUAGUAGCAUGUCUUGAAUUUUAAUUUUAUACCCUGAAGUUUUAAGAAUUUUCUUUUUGAUGUUUUAAAAAAAUAUAUAUAUUUUUGUGCUCAAAUGUUUUUUCAUUCCAUCAUACACAACCUGUUACAUUUAAAUCAUUCCCCAGAGGACUGAUUAAAAGCCAUACAUGUGUGUUA